AGAAGGUUUUUGGCGCUGACCCACAUGUCAUCGAGCAAGACCACAUCCGCAGGGCCUUCUCCUGGCCUGAGCAGCUCCCCUUCCCUCUCCGGCAACAAUUACCGCAAACCACCGCCCCCUCUCCGGCGGCAACCACAGCGGCGCCAUAGCUAGUCCGAACGCCAAUGUCCACCGCUGCCUCUGCGCUCCGCCCGGCGCCACGGUGGGGUGCGCCGUCGCAGCGCCGGCUCGUGGAGCAGCACCUGGCGUCACUGCCCCACGGCCUCCAGCGCCUCCACCACGUGCAGGAGCUCCACGCGCAGCUCCUCAAGCACGGUAUCCACCUCGACCCGCUCACCGCCUCCAAGCUUAUCUCCUCAUACGCGCUCCAGCGCCGCCUCCCGGCCUCCCGCCGCAUCUUCGCCUCCUUCCCCAAUCCUCACGCCACCACCUUCCUCCCGAACACCCUUCUCCGCGCCUACGCGCUCAAUGCCCUGCCCCACGCUGCGGUCUCUGUCUUCUCCGCCAUGCCCCAGCGGGACAGCUUCACCUACUCCUUCCUCAUCAAGGCGCUCUCCUCAGCGGGCUUGACCCCCCUCAGGGCGGUGCACUCCCACGUCGUUAAACUCGGGUCCAUCGAGGACACCUAUGUCGGGAACGCGCUGAUCGACGCCUACUCCAAGAACGGCGGGUUUUUGGACGCCAGCAAGGUGUUCGAGGAAAUGCCUAGCCGGGAUACCGUGUCCUGGAACUCGGCCAUGGCUGCGAUGGUGCGACAGGGCGAUGUGGUAAGUGCGAGGAGGAUGUUUGACGAGAUGCCGGAGAAGGACACGGUAAGCUGGAACACCGUGCUAGAUGGGUACACCAAGGCUGGGAAGAUGGAGGAAGCGUUCGAGCUGUUUCAGUGCAUGCCAGAGAGGAAUGUGGUGUCGUGGUCGACGGUGGUGUCUGGUUACUGUAAGAAGGGUGACAUGGAGAUGGCUCGAGUGAUCUUUGAUAAGAUGCCAACGAAGAACUUGGUAACAUGGACGAUAAUGGUCUCGGCAUGUGCCCAGAAUGGGCUUGUUGAGGAGGCUGGACGGUUGUUUACUCAGAUGAAGGAAGCUGGUGUGGAACUUGAUGUGGCUGCGGUUGUGAGUAUCUUGGCUGCAUGUGCAGAGUCAGGCUCGCUUGCUCUUGGGAAGAGGAUUCACCGGUACGUGCGGACAAGGCAACUGGGGAGGUCGACCCAUGUGUGCAAUGCAAUGAUUGACAUGUUUUGCAAGUGUGGAUGUGUAAACCGGGCUGAUUAUGUCUUUGACACUGAAAUAGCUGAGAAGGAUUCAGUGUCAUGGAACACCAUAAUUGGGGGAUUUGCGAUGCAUGGGCAUGGAGACAAGGCGCUGGAUUUCUUUGCCCAAAUGAAGCUACAAGGGUUCCGUCCUGAUGCUGUGACAAUGAUCAACGUUCUUAGUGCAUGCACACACAUGGGGUUUGUGGAAGAGGGACGCCGGUAUUUCAACAAUAUGGAGAGGGACUAUGGCAUUGUGCCACAGAUAGAGCAUUAUGGCUGCAUGAUUGACCUUCUUGGUCGUGGAGGGCUCAUCGAGGAGGCUGUUGACCUGAUAAAAAGCAUGCCUUGGGAUCCUAAUGAGGUAAUAUGGGGGUCCCUUCUCAGUGCAUGCCGACUGCACAAGAACGUGGAGUAUGCAGAAAUUGCAGUGAACGAGCUCAGUAAGCUGCAGCCCUCCAAUGCAGGGAACUAUGCUGUCCUUUCAAACAUCUAUGCAGAGGCUGGGCAGUGGAGUGACAUGGCAAAGGCAAGGAUGCAAAUGAAAGGAACCGGGUCUCAGAAGUCAGCAGGAUCAAGUUGGAUUGAACUUGAUGAGGCAUUCCAUGAGUUCACGGUGGGGGACAGAAAACACUCAGACUCGGACCAGAUAUCCGAGAUGGUUGAUAGGCUGAGUUCACAUGUUAAGGAUGUUGGCUGCCUUCCAACAGCUCAUGAGCUGCUUGUGCAGUGAGUCCUUUGCCAAGGGUGUGCUAAAUCUCAUGUUGCAGUCACAAAUGUGAAAUGCUUCCGUGAGGUGCUAGCAUUGCACGGUGCAAUCUAUGUAAGCAAGCACCGGCUCCAGUGAAUCCUGCAAUCAAGAAGAUGCUGUGACGUGGUACAGAAUUACCCACGAUGGACUGUAAACCCAGACAUGUGUUCAAGCAUUUCUCAGCAUGUGCUCUUCUGCCAUCAGCAAGGCAAUCGAAAAUCAAAUGUAUCUUCUUUUAGAGAGACCAUGCUGAUGCUGGGUGACACACCCUGAAGCACAUCCUACCAAGCCACAAACAUAUAGCAAGUCAUAUCACCCUGCAAUGGUCAAAUUAUCUAGCAAAUGCACCAAAGUACACCAGCUCAACGAGAUCACAGUACACAACACAAAUCAUAAUGCACAAUAAGGCCCUGUUUGGAACGAAGGAAAAACAUAGGAAUUUUGGAGGGUAUGAUUCCUGUAGGAAAUAUUUCUUUGGUACCGUUUGGAACAAAGGAAAAGCUAUCCCUACAAUUCUUUGAAAUUCCUAUGGAUUGAGCUAUUUCAUAGAAAUUUUUGGAGGACCUCAUGUUUUCUUCUCCUUGUGUCUAGAUUCCUGUGAAUUUCCUGCAUGACAUCCAAAUGAGAGUUUUGGAGUUUUCCUGUAAUCCAGGAUACAUGGCAUCCAGGAUUCUCCAGUUUAGGUAUAGUUUUCAGAUGCAAUUGGCUCUGGCUGCACUUUCUCAUUAUUUUUUCAUAGAUAUUGGGUGUUUCUAAUAAAUUCUAUGGGCUGCAAACACCUCAACGGUGCUCCAAACACUAAGUUACCAACAUACACUUUCUGGUAAAAAAAUAUCAUUUAGCAAAGAUCUUUAGAUAGAAGGUGGUUAUCCUCUUUACCCCAGGAAAAAAAUAGUGCAUCAAUUUAUUUCUUGCUCUAAGUGCAUCGGGCUAAAUGACAAGAAAGUAUGACUAAAGAGAGCAAAGCUAUUAUCUUUAGUUGGCUCAGAACAGCCAACAAAAACCAGUUUUAAGUUGUCAUCGACAUUGGAAUCUUCACUACAUGGUACUGUACAUAAUAGUCUCAGUUUGCUUGAGAUGUUCUUUGAAGUGUAAUAGACCAUACUAAGUUUUAGUCUGGGUGUUCGAUCCCUCGCUUUCCACACCUCGCCUAGUUCCUGCCUUUCAGCCUUGUAACAGUACUCUUUUGAUUGACUGACAGAACAAGCCAGCUCAGAAUCUUUGCUACGUUUGCAAGAGACGAUCAUGAAAUGAUGAAUCUAUUUUCCAGUGCUUCUUGCUUCUUCUUAACAUGCCUGAAAAAAAGAAACAUAAAUAGGAAUAUACUCAUAUCGAAUAUUUUUGUUGGAGUACUAUAUAUACAGUUGUGUAGCCUUUUGUAUUUCCCCAUUGUAUAAAGGGCUUUCUGCCCAUUUUCUGCACUUGUACAUGGCCUACGACCCCAUUAAAAUACAAGCUGCAUCUGUACAUUACAGUUUUUAAGCUCCCAGGAAUUACGGCGCUGUGGUUGAUUGAGGCUUUUAGCCGCGGUCGUGGCCCCACCUGUAACUGUAAGUGUAUAUGCGCUUUAGUCGGUUUGACCGCACGUCGGUUCUCUUCCCUUUCCAACCUAUCUGCUAGCCCCUUCCCUGAAUCCCGAUCCCCUUCCGUGUCCCCCUUCCACCGUGUCGCCGCCUCCGCCACCGCGCCUGCCUCUUCUUCGAUGUCGCGCCACACCCAGUUCCCCGUCCACCUUCACUCCUCCCCGCGCCCUCUCCUCUGCACCUUUGUGCCGGUCGCUGAGACUUGCCUCUACCAGUCUACGGUGCUGGCGCUGGGGAUCCGUUCCGCGCGGCGCUUGUUUGCCUCGGCUCGGCGUUCGCAAAUGAUUCUUCCUUAACUUCCUCUGCAGCGCCACUAACCCACUGCCGCGCCACCCGGCUCAUCUCUCGCUGUCAACGGCGAGGCAAUGGCCGGCGGCAGCGACGCGAGGGGCAUGUACUGCAGGCGGCGCGGGAAGUUUCCACGGCCCUAACCCAGCAGUAUGGUGGCGAUGAGGGAGUUCGAACUGGCGAUGUGCUUGUCGUGAAGUGGGAAGGUCAUCAAUUCCAAAGCAUUGAUGCGCUCGAUCUGGUGGCUCUGAGCCUCAGCUGCACACCAACCCAAGGACCACCAUGGCGAGCUUGGAACCCCUCCCUGCUUUAGGCUACAUAAUUAUCUUACUAAUUUUCUCAAAGGUAUAUGUAUUGUGGCCCUCAGAAGCAGUUCUAAGAUUCUUAUUGUUAUGGUGUGAAUGGCAUAAUGAAUAACUCAAAAUGCAGAUCAUUAUUUUACAAUCAUUGCUAUUAUAUUCUCCAUCUUCAUGCGUGAUAUGUUGCAUAUCCUCUAAUAAAAGGUCGUUCCUCUAUUGUUUCUGGGUUACCUAGCUAUUUUUCAGUUUUGCAUUCCUUUAUGUACGAAUUGUACUAUACAGGAAGCAUCAGAUCAAUCCCCCCCGCCCCCCUCCAUCUUAGAAUGUCUCAAGUCUCAUGCCAAGAAUGGCAACUGCAGAGUAAUGGUUGCAGUACAGACAAAGUGCCCAUGAUACCGGUGGAUGCAGCCUGUGAGCUGUGCUUUGACCUGAUGCUUAGGGUAAAUUUAUCAAAUUUUUUCUGAAAUUGUACCUCACGUUAUCCAUGUUCAGUUUGGACGUUCUUUGCUAAUUAAGAUGAUUUCUUCCUGUUAUGUGUCGUAACAUUUUCUCAAUGUGGUUUUAACGAUCAUUGGGGUUCUAACUGAGACAAAAGUUCAGGUGAGAACUUCAGAAUAAUCCCAAGUUCAAGUAAGCACUUUGGGAUUUCGCCCACAUCCAAAUGGUAUGUGCAAAACCUCUUAUUCGCACUGCUCGUGGAUUUAUAGAUAGCAUCCACAUCAUGAGAUUUUGUAACAAAGUUCUAAAAUUUGCAGUGAAUGACAUAGGAAAUUAAGAUAUGCAUGCAGUUGAGAUUAUAAGAGUUUGUCACACUAAACAAAUUUAUAUAAUGCUUAGUGAAUUUCCCAUGUAUUGAUUUUGUGUGACCUGCAACUGUUAGAACUGUUAUCAGCUUUGGUCUGGAUUACAUUAUACACAUAACAAAUCUGAACUGGUAACAAUUAAGUUUCUAGGUUGCAGCACCGUACUACUCUGUGUAUAAUCAAAUUACUCUUUGUAGCUACUGAGUCCCAUUCUUGAUAUUGAAAUUCUUCACUGUCCUUUUUAGUCUGCUCCAGAUGUCAGGAUAGAUGUACCAUUUGGAAGUGGCAGAAACCAAGUCGCUCCUAACAUCAUAAUUUUGUUUGAACGUCAAAUUGUUCUGACGACCCAUAAAACAUAUUUCUGCCAAUAUUAUGUCGUGUUGUGAUAUGGGACUUCUCACCUGAACUUUUGUCUCAGUUAUUCUAAAGAGAACACAAAUUUUUUUUUUUGGCCCUUAUCUAAAGAUUAAGUCAGUUACUUCCAGAUUUCCAGUUAUGUGUAGGUAUUAAAAGUAAAGAGUUUCUUGUAUCCAUAGAUAUAUUUAAUUGUAUUAGUAGCAUACUCUUGAGCUUUCAAAUGCUUGGAUGACGGUAGUAAUAUUUUUCUUUAUUGCAGGAUGGUUGAGAUUCUUUUUAAUGUACCAUGCUUCUCAUUUAGUCCUGAACUGCUUAAAUACAUAGUAUAUUCAUUUUUUGAGAAAGUACAAAGUAGUGUGCAAGAUAUUUUGGUGAAACCCAUAAUCAGGGUGUUUAUUUACUUGUUGCCCAUCUAGGUCAUAGGUGUGUAUAAGAAUUAUUGGUAUAUCUAUGUAGAAGAAGAGAGCCUACUGUAUAUGCACAGGGUGUAUCAUAUCUUUGAAUGUGAACAAGCUACAGUGAAUGCAAUGUUGUAAAUUCAAGAUUUUCUUCAAAGUGAUCUUUUGCUUUUA